AAAAAUUUAAUUAAAUAGUUUUAAUAAGUUUUUGUAAAUAUAAUAGUGAUUAAUGUUUAUUAUUAUUGAAGAAAAUGAUAUUGUCAAUUUCUCUGUGGUUAUUGGUGGCAGUAUUGAUUCUUUGGAUACUGUUGGACCCAGUGAGCAGAAUAUCUCGUGCAAUAUUUGAAGUACUAAUUCCAUUGGUAAAUCAAAAACCAAUUGAUUUGAAAAAUAAGUUUGGCGAAUGGGCAGUAGUGACUGGCUCGACUGAUGGGAUUGGUAAAGCUUAUGCGAAAGAACUUGCCAAUCGUGGAUUCAAUUUAGUUCUUAUUAGUCGUAAUGCUGAAAGACUGGAAAAAACUAAAAGUGAAAUGUUAACAAUAAGUCCAAACAUACAAAUUAAAUUAAUUUCAGCAGACUUUUCUAAAGGAAGAGACGUCAGUGUUGAAAUAGAACCACAUUUGAGAGAUAUACCUGUUGGAAUUUUAGUCAAUAAUGUCGGAAAGCAGUAUACAUACCCAAUGUAUGUGGGAGAAGUCCCGGAAGAUGAACUUUGGGACAUAAUAAAUGUGAAUAUUGGUGCUGCUACUUUAAUGACACGUAUAGUAAUACCAGGUAUGCAAAAAAGACAAAAAGGAGCAAUCGUCAACGUAUCAUCAGGGUCAGAAUUACAGCCUCUGCCGCUAAUGACUGUUUACGCCGCGACUAAAGUAUAUUUAAGAAGUUUCUCUGAAGCUCUAAGAGUCGAGUACAAUAAAUUCGGUAUUACGGUCCAGCAUUUAACGCCACUAUUUGUUAACACUAAAAUGAAUGCCUUUUCUCAUCGAUUGCAGGUAUCCACAGUCGCGGUACCGGACGCAACAACUUACGCAAAGAAUGCUGUUGCAACUCUUGGAAAGAUCGACAGCAGUACGGGUUAUUGGGCUCACGGUAUACAAGCUUUUUUCACAUUGAUACCUCCUGUAUGGAUACGGACCAAAAUUGGUGAAAUGAUGAAUCAAACAUUCAGAAAGGAUUAUUUAAAGCAAAAAAAUCUUUGAACAAUGUAAAUAUACAUAUAUAAUUUAUAAUUUAUAAUUCAACAAAAUAAUUUUUCAAUUUUAUAUAAAUUUUCAUUGAAUCUUGAAUUUCUUCGUCACGUUUUUAUACAUCAUCUGUACAAUUAAUCUUAAAUAUACAUAUAUAGUAACUCUAACGUUUAAAUGAGACACAUUUAAAAAAUUAAUUACUUGUUUUUUUUUUUUUUUUCUUUGUUAUUCAUUUUUUUAGCGUGUAAUAUACAAUGCUUGUGAGUAAUUGUAAUUAGUACCGAUUUAUUUUGUCUAUUUUUUUAUUUAAUGGUUUUAUAGUUCAUCCUGUUUAAUUAUUAAACACGUUUAAUAAAACUAUUGAUACCAUUUGUUGAGUAUCUUUAUUUACCGCUACUUAAUAAAUAGCAUCCACGAUUAUUAUUAUUUUUAAUAAUUAUUAUUGAUUACUUAUUACUUACUAUCAUUACAAGUAUUCUUUUGUAACUCUAGUUGAACAGAAAAAUAUAUAUUUAUAAUAAUUUUUAUAUUCAAUGGAUGACACAAUUUUGUAACAACUUUUUAUAUAUCAAUAUAUAGACACUUAUAAAGAUUACCAUGUAAUUUUCAUAUUACGUAUCGACGUAUCGUAUAAUUAAGAACUGAUUAUUGUUACUUUGUAAGUAUCAUAAAUUAACAGAAAAAAGUAAUAGUUUUUUAAUCAACUUGUUUCGAAUAAAAUAAAAAAAAAUAAUUUCUUGAUUUCUUCUGCGUCAGAAACCAAUUUGUACUUUUGUAAUUACAUUUUUUCCUUGUAUGUUAGUAUUAUUUUAAAUUACAGUUCACAUUACAAACGCUCUUGAUAUUUUUUUUUUUUUUCAUAAAUUAUUAACGUCUAAAAAAUACUAACGAAUUACAUUUUUUUAUUUUAAUUACUUCAAGGCUAAUAAAUAUUAACAAUUAUUUUACUAUAAAAUAAAUUUGAAUAAUUUAAUUCACUUUAAUCGUCAUCUUGGGGUUUUUUUUUUUCAACAAAAAAAACCCCCGGUCUAUAUUGCCUACAUUAAUUUGCAUAUGAAACGAAAAAAAUUUUUGGGAAUAAACAAGAACUAUGAAAUAAAUUAUCAUGUAAAUCUCAUUAUAAAACUUAGAAAAAGAAUUUCCUUAGAUCGACCUUUACUAUUUCUUUUUUAAAUGACAUUAAUUUAUUAUUUUUCACAUGAUACUUGUUUAAGUUUGUUUUUAAUCUCUUUUUGACUAUGUAACGUUGAUAAUUAUCCUUAAAAUUAUCACAAAAUUUUUUUUUUCUAUAUUUAAUUUCAACUAUAUUUAUUUAUAUAGUACAAUUACAGCUUUUGUUGUUAUUACUUUUUUUUUUCAAUCCAUUCUUAAAAUAAAUACCAAUAAAUUUUUUUUUUUUUUUAGUUAUUACUACUCUCAUGAAGCAAAUCAAAAUGAUGUCAUUGUAUAAGCAGAUUUAAAAAUCUCAAACAAAAAUGUCCAAAAAAAAUCAAUACUCUAUUAUUGAUUUGUACGAU